ACGACCUCUAUGGGGAGGAACGACGCUGUGUCUCAACUAAAUGUGGAUUCCCUCACUGCAUUCGAAGACAAGCGGUGCCGACAUGGUUUUGUUUACUACUCAUGCGCCUUUUGAGCUCAGACCAGGUCUCAGAUCACUAAAUACCUCGCUUUUACGUUUAUCCUUCGAACAUUCGUGUCCGAGAUAUCGUCGCGAAUAUAAGACUAUUGCGCUGCCAGGAAGUUGAGCAGCCCAGCCUGAGCCACAGACCGUUCUUGCACCUGAGGAAUCCAAUUUUUUCUUUUUGUGUAGUACUUUGUACUCGUCAAGUUUCGGGGUCUGAUGUUAGCUCACCUUCGUCACAGUGCUACAACUGCUAUGGAGCACUUCUUCAAGUCUGGUCUCAGAGAGCCUUAUCACUUUGACAGGACGAGCCUAUAUUCUAGAACACGUUCAUGAAACGUACAAAACGUCUAACAUCCCGUAGACGGAGCAGAUUCGAGGAUUCCAACCUGCAACUAAAAAAAGGCAGAGACAACGAGGAAAGCGGGCAUUGCCAAAUGGUGAUAGAUCAAAUGAGCAGUCUCGGAGCCUCAUUUCAUUGUAGCGUUGCAAAAGGAGCUGCUGUUCUUGAGCAUUGAGAGGGCUGCAGAAAGGCUCGACACGAGAUAGUAGACGAGGGUCGUGCCAAGGAUGGAAGACACGGAUGAAAAGGCAGUUCCGUUGCUGCAGGAGAAAACAGAGCUGCAGCAACACGUUCUGACAGAAGGCCUCGCUAUGAACGUAUUUGCGUGCGAGUUUUUUGAAGGUUUAGUGGCGAAAGGGCUAUUUGCGGUGAUUGCACUUUUUUUCCUGGAGAGCUUGCAUUACGACGAAAAUACAGCAACAGAGCUCGUGCACUUGUUCAUGUUUACUUCUUCCUUUAGUUCCAUCGUCGGCGCUGUGAUUAGCGAUGGCUACAUAGGACAUUACAAGACCACAUUGUCGUUCUUCUCCUUGCAGCUAUGCGGCCUCACUUUGCUGUGUACUGCAACGCUUUUGGACAUGAAUUGGCGAAGACCUUUAUCAUUUGCGGCCCUGUUCCUCUCGGGAAUCGGAGGAGGGGGCAGACCGGCGUUUCUCACAUUCGGGUGCGAUCAAGUGAUGUGGUCUGUAUGCAGGAAAGCAGCAAGCAAUUUGGAGUCAGGGGAAUCCAGGGCGGACCUCAUGGCAAGAAGUCAGGGGACUGCCAGUCGACAGUAUUUCUCAUCGAUGUACAUGUUCAAAAAAACUGGCUAUGCUGUUGGGGCCUUGCUCAAUCCUGCGAUCAGAGUCAGAAGCGGAGGAACUUUCUUCUACGUCUUCCUCCUGUGCGCUUGCGCGAAAGCCACGGGUAUUUUGAUCUUCUGGUCGGGCCGCCAGCACUACCAAUUCGAGAAACCAGAUUUGGACGGCGACAGCGAUGAACGAGAUGAUCUGCUCAAAAAUGACGGACAGAACUCCACAGAUCGCAACGCAAGGUCAGACCUCAGGAAAACACAGGCUGUACUGCGGUCGUGGGAGAAUAUGAAAUCCGUGAUAUCCGCGCUGCUCGUCCUGGCACCUUUGAUAUUUUUCACAGCUCUCGAUCUUCAAGUUGGAUCCACUUGGAUUUUUCAAGCUCGCAUCAUGAAUUGCACCAUCUCGUGGCUGGGAAACUACACAGUUCCGCCGGAUCAGAUGCCGGUGCUGACGGAAAUUCUGGAUGUGCUGGUGGUCCCCUUGGUGCACAUGGUGAUUUAUCCGUUCGUUGACAAGUAUGUCACCAGGCUGACCGACUUGAGGAAAAUACUCGGGUCCUUUAUCUGCGUGACGGGGGCGUUCGUGAUGUCGGGGACUCUCCAGAUUGCCAUAGACACGGAUCGGAAGAAGACUUCGUCAGGCUUCUCGGACGUAUCGAUACAAUGGCAGUUUCCUCAGUACGUAGCGAUGGCUAUGGCUGUCGCCAUGAACGUUAUUGCCCGAACGGAUUUCGCUUACCACGAAGCUCCGAAGAGCAUGAAGACAGCCGUCAACGCCGUCAUCGAAUCCUUCGCCGGAAUUGGCAAUGGGCUCAUCAUCGUCAUAUUGCUCAGUCUCGGGCCGAACGCUUCGAAGGUGGUGACGAUGUACGUGUUUGCAGGUGUGGGUGCUUUGGGAUCAGUUGUCAUGGCAUUCUGUAGUGAGAUGUACGUACCCAGGAGCAUGAGAAAAAGAUAACACUAGAAGUAUGUCUCCCCCAGACAUAGACCAGUUUCUCUGUUCAGGUUCGUACAUCUUUCUAGUUUUCCAAUUUCAUAUCCUGAACGCAUUCAGAGCUUAUUCUGUCCACACGCUCUGAUUCACGAGUUCAAGAGACUUUGGAUUACUUUCUUCAGGAACAAAUCCGGCUUAUCGAUGGAGAAGCAGAUUCCUGAAAGGCCCUGCACGAGAAGGCAUAAUAGAUCGCUUUUCGGUGCUUUGUUUGAAGAUCUGAUUUUCUGUAUAUACCCUGUACGUUCUACAUCUCAGAUGAUUUAUUGGUUUUUUCCCAACUUCAUGGACAUUUAAAAGCAGUGGACAAAUUUAGACGCAUGGGGUAAUAGAAAUGAUGGCUGAACCAUAAAAAACAACAACAAUUCUAUGACGGAUAGUACUA